AUGGAUGAUGUCUCCACUGAAGCUUUGCGCCGAGAACUGAUGAGUGGAAGUAAUAUGGGCAAGAAGGUACGCACUUUCUUCUCAUCCUCCAACCAACUUGUGUUUCGUCGCACCAUGGCUAAUAAAAUAAAAGGCAUCAAUGAUAGGCUAGCUGCAGUUAGUAAGAAUCAUGCGAACUUCCAUUUGGAGGUGCGCCAUGAGGAGUCUAGAGCUGUCCUUAGAGUUAGGGAGCAAACUCACUCUUACAUACCUGAAGAAAAUGUUAUUGGAAGGGAGAGUGAUAGAAAAGCCAUCCUAGACCUUUUGUUAGAUACCAAAGUUGAAGAGGACGUGUCAGUUUUGCCAAUAGUGAGUUUGGGAGGUUUAGGGAAAACCACGCUUGCUCAAUUUGUGUUUAAUCAUGAGAAGGUUCGAACCAAUUUUGAUUUAAAAAUGUGGGUGUGUGUCUUAGAAAAUUUUGAUGUGAAAUCUCUUGUUGAGAAAAUUAUUAAAUCAGUGACUGAUCAUUGUGAAAAGAACCAAGAGAUGGAUCAACUGCAAAGGAAACUUCAAAAGGAGAUAAAUGGAAAGUGUUAUUUCCUUGUACUUGAUGACGUAUGGAAUGAGAAUAGAGAAGAAUGGCUAAAAUUGAAAAACUUAUUAUCAAAAGGUGCAAAAGGGAGUAGAAUAAUCAUAACCACUCGUAGUCAAAAAGUUGGAGAGAUUACUACUCACACAAUGAAACCAUAUAAGUUAGGGUUUUUGGAUAAAGAUAAUUCAUGGUCUUUAUUUAAAAAUGUGGCAUUUAGGCCUGGGCACGAGCCAAACAACCCCAACACGAAGAAAACUGCAUUGGAAAUUGUGGACAAGUGUGGUGGUAUUCCUCUCGUCAUUAGGACAAUUGGAAGCAUGCUCUAUUCCAAACCAGAAGCACAGUGGUCAUCUUUCCUUGAAAUGGAAUUUUUAAGGAUGCCUCAAAAUGAAAAUAAUAUUUUAGCCACUCUCAAACUUAGUUAUGAUAACCUCCCAUCAAACUUGAAAUGUUGUUUUGCUUAUUGUAGUUUAUUUCCAAAAGAUUAUGAAAUUGAAGUUGACAUGUUAAUAAAACUGUGGAUGGCACAAGGAUUUAUUAAGCCAUCAAGUUCAGGUCAAUCUUUGGAGGAGGCAGGGUUUGAGAUUUUUAAUGAAUUAUAUUUGAGGUCAUUCUUUCAAGAAGUAAAAGAAAAUGAUUGGACAAAAAAAUUAGAAUGCAAAAUGCAUGACCUCAUGCAUGAUCUUGCAGUACAAGUAGCAGGAACCGAGUGUGCUACAUUGCAUUCUGUUGGAGAAAAUAUUGAUGGAAGACCUUGGCACGUAUCUUUCAAUUUCGAUUUAAAUCCAUCAGGUCAGUUUCCAACUUUUUUGUCUAAGGAAAAUAGGAUUCAAACAAUACUUUUUCCUCCACUAUGGGGGAAUUCAGGAAUGUUAGUAAGUUGGGAUGUUGUUUUAGGUUUGAAGGUCUUGCAUACAUUAGAUCUUCAUCAUUCUAGGAAGGGGCCAAAUUCUAUUGGCAAGUUGAAGCAUUUGAGGUAUCUUGAUCUUUCUCGUAAUUAUGAGAUCAGGACACUACCAACUUCAGUUGCCAAGCUGCAGAAUUUGCAGACACUAAAACUAUCAAAUUGCACUAAUUUAGUAGAAUUGCCAAGAGACUUGAAGAAGCUAGUGAAUCUUAGGCAUCUUGAGAACGAUGGAUGUGAUAGUUUGACUCAUAUGCCUCUUGGGCUGGGUCAAUUGCAUAAUCUUGUGACUUUAAAUGAGUUCGUAGUGAAUGAGGAGGGUGUGGGUCCUACCAAUAAGCCGCAUAAUCAAGGUCAGGUGGGUGUGGGUGGUCUUAAUGAAUUAAUGGAACUCAACAACUUAAGAGGAGAGUUGGAUGUAAGAAACUUGAGAUAUGGAAAAGAUGCGAGUGAAGAAUAUAAGGAUGCAAAUUUGAAGGAAAAACAACAUCUUUAUGCCUUACGGUUAAGCUGGUCAAAUCGAAGCAAUGAUAGUAAUGACAAUGUUGAUGCAACGUCCAUGGCCGAGGAUUAUGAAAUUACAUUGGAAAGCUUGCAACCACACACAAAUCUUAAAAAAUUACGUAUAUUUGGUUAUAGAGCCAGCGUUAGAGUUGCAAAACUUGAGUUGACUGAUAAUUAUAGGUUCAAGACUUUUGAACGAACACAACGGAUGAAGAUGAAGAUGAUGGAUUCUUUCUCUCCUCUCUCAAAGUUGAGUUGGCUCAAAAUUGAAAGGAUUAAGAGUCUACAGUCUCUGUCAGAGGGGUUAACCUCUAGCCUCAUUUCUCUCAGGAAGCUGUGUAUCUGGGAGUGUCCAAAAUUAAAGACCUUGUUACCUACUUUUCAACAACUCACCUCUCUUCAAGAAUUAGAGAUUUCCAGUUGCCAUGAGGUUGACAUAUAUGGAGACGGUGGAGAUGGGAAUAUGUGGCAAGCUCUUCAAAGCCUUCUUAUUCUCAUCUUACAAGAUCUUCCACAACUGGGAACUCUCCCUGACAGGCUUCAACAACUUACCUCCCUCGAGAAGCUUACACUGGAAGAGUGUAAGAGUUUGGUGGGUAUUCCAGAAUGGAUCGGCAACCUCAAAUCACUUCGGGAGCUUCGUAUUCGGGGUUGCAACAAAUUGACAUCGCUUCCUGAAGGAUUGCAUCAGCUCACCUCUUUGCAAUCACUUGAUAUUAGAGAUUUGCCACAACUGGAAACUUUCCCUGAUGGGCUACAAGAACUUACUUCCCUCCGGGAACUAAAAUUUUAUGCGUGUGAGAGUUUGGUGGGUAGUCCGGAAUGGAUCGGCAACCUCAAAUCACUUCGAGAGCUUGGUAUUGGGGGUCCCAACAAAUUGACAUCACUUCCUAAAGGAAUGUAUAAUGAAAGGAUUAAUCCUCCACAAGAACCAUCCACUUCUUCUUCUUCAGAUGAUCCAAAGGAAACAGAACACUUGCUCUUUCUUGAUGAAGCUAAAGAAAGACGUCACUUGCUUAAAGCAAAUUUACUAGAAGAAGGAUCAUUUGAUUCUUUAGUUGAAUGGUGUUUAGUGAAGGGAACAUUGAAUGUUCUAAGAUCGUUUAUGAAAUUUCGUUCUGUGAAGAUAGUAGUUGUAACAUCUUCCAUGGUUUCACUUAAAAUCAAUGGGAAACCUCUCACACUCGAUAUGGUAGUUGAUGAGACAUGGUUUUCCGAUCCUGAUGUUUGUGAGGAGUUGAAGCUGGAAUUGGUAUGCACUUUGAAAACUUUAGCUGACGAUGCUACUUGGAAGUUUGCAAAAGAAAACAAGAUUGACUUGGUCACCAUGCAUCCAGGGUUUACUAUUGGUUCUUUCUUACAGUCAACUCUUAAUGUGACAGCAGAGAUUGUUCUGAAUCAUAUAAACGGUACAGUUUAG